GGAGGUUUAAGUUUAUUGGUCGACUAAUUAAAAAUAAAGCUUUUUUUCAAGACUUUUUUUUGUAAACAAUUCUGUGUGAUUUCGAACAUUUUUUAUUUUCUUUUUUUUUGAAAUACCGAAUUUUUAUUGACUGUUUUGAGAUGAAUGACUUUAUUCAUUGUAAUAAAUGCUUUGCUGUACAUGAUUCAAGCGGUAAAAAAUUUCUGUUAACCAGUUGUUCCCAUAUCUUUUGCUACUCAUGUAGCGCGUCAGUGGCUAAUGACCGAAUCUGCCUUAAAUGUAAGAACCGCUGCAACCUAAUUCAAUUAGAUUCAGGCACCAGACCCGAUAUAAAGAUGUAUUUUGAGCCCCUCGAUAAAUUGAUACUCAAAUUGCAAAAGAUUGAGAAAUUUCAAAGGACACAGCGAGAACAUUUAUUUAAGCAUCUGACUUCUGAGACAUCAAAAGGAAAUCAAGCUCAAGAAAAAUGGGAGAGAAAGAUGUCCGAUCUGAAAAAGGAAAUAAACCACCUUCGUUCCAAACUCAAUAAUCGCUAUGAUCCUAUUAAAAUGUCUAGUUCGUCUGCUGGGUAUUAUUCACGCCAAAAUAGCAGUGUGUUAGGACCAAGUCGACAAGGAACUUCAUCUUCAAGAUUACAAUGUAAUUCGACUUUUGGUAGUUUACGUGGAGCCCCGAUUACACCAUUGAUUGAUCACAGAAUUACUAAUUUAGAUCAACACUCAAAUUCAAGCUCGAAGAUAACCUUACGCUCUGUAUCAGACUUGUCAUCCUUUCAAACUCGCUAAUUAUGGAUUAUAAUUAAUAAAUUAUUGA